AUGGUUCAAUCCGCUAUUCUCGGCUUCCCCCGUAUGGGUAAGCUACGUGACCUGAAGAAGGCCACUGAAGCUUACUGGGGUGGAAAGAUCUCCCGCGAUGACCUGCUCGCUGAGGGCAAGCGUCUCCGUCUGGAGCACUGGAAGAUCCAGAAGGAUGCCGGUGUCGACAGCAUCCCCAGCAACGACUUUGCUUUCUACGAUCAGGUCCUGGACCACAUCCAGCUCUUCGGUGCUACCCCCGAGCGGUACUCUUCCCAGAACCUCCACCCCCUUGACACCUACUUCGCCAUGGGCCGUGGUCACCAGAAGGAUGGCGUUGACGUCCCCGCCAUGGAGAUGGUCAAGUGGUUCGACUCCAACUACCACUACGUCAAGCCUAGUCUGGUGGACAACCAGGUCUUCAAGCUCGAGGCUGACCCCAAGCCCGUUCGUGAGUUCAAGGAGGCCAAGGAGGCUGGCAUUGUCACCCGCCCUGUCCUCCUCGGUCCCGUCUCUUUCCUCGUUCUCGGAAAGGCCGAUCGUUCUGCCAGCAAGGAUCUGAAGCCCAUCUCCCUGCUGGAGAACCUCCUCCCCGCCUACGUUGAUGUCCUUACCCAGCUGAAGGCUGCUGGUGCCGAGGAUGUCCAGAUUGACGAGCCCGUCCUCGUCUAUGACCUUGCCCCUGAAGCCAAGGCCGCUUUCAAGCCCGCCUACGAGAAGCUGGGCUCCCUCGGUGACAAGGCUCCCCGCAUCACUCUUGCCACCUACUUUGGUGACAUUGUCCACAACAUCGAUGUUCUCAAGAACACCCAGUCUCUCCACGCCAUCCAUGUCGACCUGGUCCGUAACCCUGAGCAGCUCGACACCGUCCUGGGUGCCUUGGGCCCCAACCAGACCCUUUCUGCUGGUGUUGUCGACGGCCGUAACAUCUGGAAGACCAACUUCAAGACCGCCAUUGAGAAGGUUGAGAAGGCUAUCCAGAAGCUCGGCAAGGACCGUGUCAUUGUUGCCACCUCCAGCUCUCUUCUCCACGUCCCCCACACUCUUGCCAGCGAGAAGAAGCUCGACCCUGAGGUCCGUGAGUGGUUCAGCUUCGCUGUCGAGAAGGCCACCGAAGUCACCAUUAUUGCCAAGGCCGUGACUGAGGGCCCUGCUGCCGUUGCUGACGCUCUUGCUGCCAACGCCAAGUCCGUCGAGUCUCGUGCUACCUCCACCCGUACCAACAACCCCAACGUCAAGGCCCGCCAGGCUGCUGUCACCCCUGAGCAGCACGACCGCAAGUCUCCUUUCGCUACUCGUAUCGCUGAGCAGACCAAGACCAUCAAGCUCCCUCUCUUCCCCACCACUACCAUUGGUUCCUUCCCCCAGACUCCUCUGAUCCGUCAGACUCGUAACAAGUUCACCAAGGGUGAGAUCACUGCCGCCGAGUACGAGAAGUUCAUCGAGGAUGAGAUCAAGGAGGUCGUUCGCAUCCAGGAGGAGCUUGGCCUGGACGUGCUCGUCCACGGUGAACCUGAGCGUAACGACAUGGUCCAGUACUUCGGUGAGCAGCUCUCCGGUUACUGCUUCACCACCCACGCCUGGGUCCAGUCCUACGGCUCCCGCUGUGUCCGUCCCCCCAUUAUCUACGGUGACAUUGAGCGCCCUGCUCCAAUGACCGUCAAGGAGUCCAAGUACGCCGUCUCGAUUGCCAACAAGCCCAUGAAGGGUAUGCUUACUGGUCCUAUCACCUGCUUGCGCUGGUCUUUCCCCCGUGACGACGUCCACCAGUCCGUCCAGGCUCAGCAGCUCGCUCUCGCCCUCCGUGACGAGGUCAUUGACCUCGAGGCUGCUGGUGUCCAGGUCAUUCAGGUCGACGAGCCCGCUCUGCGUGAGGGUCUUCCUCUCCGUGCCGGUGAGGAGCGCACCAACUACCUGAAGUGGGCUGUUGCUGCUUUCCGUCUCGCCACUGCAGGUGUCCGCGAUGACACCCAGAUCCACUCUCACUUCUGUUACUCUGAGUUCCAGGACUUCUUCCACGCCAUCGCCGCUCUCGAUGCCGAUGUCCUCUCCAUCGAGAACAGCAAGUCUGACGCUAAGCUCCUCAAGGUCUUCGUCGACGAGACCUACAACUCCCACAUUGGCCCCGGUGUGUACGACAUCCACUCUCCGCGUGUGCCCUCCGAGCAGGAGAUCAAGGACCGCAUCAACGAGAUGCUGGUCCACCUCAAGCCCGAGCAGCUCUGGAUCAACCCCGACUGUGGCCUCAAGACCCGUGGCUGGCCCGAGGUCAAGGGUGCUCUCACCAACAUGGUCAACGCUGCCAAGUACUUCCGUCAGCAGUACCAGAAAUAA